AUGAAUUCGCGGUGGCAAUUCCGAGCCUUUGAGGUCACUUGUUUCGCAAGAGGCUCUGUUCGGCACGAAGAUCAGAGCGUGCGAGAGAAAAAAGAAACCAUAGGGCGUGGAACAGAUGCGAUUCGCAAAUCAGAGCCGGUCAAUAUGUCAGGCCUCCAGCGUGGUCGAAGAGAAGUUAAAACCCAGCCAAGGAAGCGACACCCCGACUUCAAUUACGAUCGGUUCCAGGGAGACCUUCUCGGCACGACAACGAGAACUCUAAACUCACUGCUGGGAGAGGGGAGAUUCGCAAUUCAGUAG